AUGGAGACCACAACACAUAAUGGAUCAGAAGAAUCCCCAACCACCUUCUACCUUACAGGAAUCCCCUCUCUGCCAACAUACCUUUUCCUUCCUAUCUUCUUCAUCUUUCUCCUUCUUUAUCUGCUCAUCUUUGUGGGUAACACCCUGAUCCUGGUGGCCGUGGUGGCAGAGCCCAGCCUCCACAAGCCCAUGUUCUUCUUCCUAAUUAACCUCUCAGCACUGGAUAUCCUUUUCACCACAACCACUGUCCCCAGGAUGCUGUCCCUAUUCCUGUUUGGGGACCAUCUCCUCAGUUUCCCUGCCUGUUUCCUGCAGAUGUACCUCUUCCAUAGCUUCUCCUGCUCUGAAGCCUUCAUCCUGGUGGUGAUGGCUUAUGACCGCUUUGUAGCCAUCUGCCGCCCACUGCACUACCCAGCCCACAUGACCCCACAGACCAAUGCAGCAUUGGCGGCCAGUGCCUGGCUCACCGCCCUCCUCCUGCCCAUCCCAGCAGUGGUACAGACUUCCCAGAUGGCAUUUGGCAACAUCGCCUACAUUUACCACUGCUUCUGUGACCACCUGUCUGUUGUCCAGGCCUCCUGCUCUGACACCAGCACCCAGACCCUCAUGGGCUUCUGCAUUGCCAGGGCGGUAUCCUUUUUCCCCCUCUUCCUGGUGCUUCUGUCCUAUAUUCAUAUCCUGAUCUCAGUACUUCACAUCAGCUCCCAGGAAGGACGCUCAAAGGCCUUCUCCACCUGCAGCUCCCACCUCCUGGUGGUGGGCACCUACUACUCAUCCAUUGCCAUAGCCUAUGUGGCCUACAGGGCCGCCCUGCCCCUUGACUUCCACAUCAUGGGCAACGUGGUAUAUGCUAUUCUCACACCUGUGCUCAACCCUAUUAUCUACACACUGAGGAACAAAGAUGUCAAAGCAGCCAUCAUCAAAAUGACAUGCCCUAGAAGAUAA